AAUCUAGCUGUAAUAUUUUUUUGUUGGCUAUUCUACAAAGUUGACGGGGUCAGCGCCCUCUCUCAUCAGAUGUUUUUAAUCUAGUAAUGGGGUUUAAUUAUAACCUUCGAAAUGGGAGGUAAAUAUUUGUAAUUAAAGAAUUUCCUCGAAAUAGCCCCACACUCUAAAAAAAACCAUGACGGCUCGAAAUCCUACAACUUUGAUGGCAAUACCACCAGAAGAUAACUUCGACUUUUUAUUUAAAAUUGUUUUAAUUGGGGACUGUGGAACUGGAAAGACUUGCAUAGUACAAAGAUUCAAAAACGGAACUUUUAUCGAAAGGCACGGUAAUACAAUAGGUGUGGAUUUUUCAAUGAAAACUGUAGUGGUUGAUGGAAAAAAAGUCAAGCUACAAAUUUGGGAUACCGCUGGACAGGAAAGAUUUCGUACCAUCACACAAAGCUACUACAGAUCUGCAAACGGCGUGAUAAUAGUUUAUGAUAUUACAAAGCGAUCUUCAUUUUUGUCAGUGGCCCGAUGGGUGGAAGAAGUUCGUCGAUAUUCAGGCAGUGCUGUACUCUUAGCUUUGGUAGGUAAUAAAGCUGAUAUGGAAAGUUUAAGAGAAGUCGAAUUUGAAGAAGCCGAAGUUAUGUGCCAGUAUAUGCCUGAAGUUUUGUUUGUGUUAGAAGCUAGUGCAAAAGAUAACUCGAAUAUUGAAGAAGCCUUCCUUUGUCUUGCCACAGAACUAAAGAGACGACAUGACAACGGUUUGUUGGGAAAUGAUGAUGAUGAAGAUACUGUCAAGUUAGGUGAUAGUAAAGCAGUGUCAAAAUGUAGUAGUUGCACGCAAAAAUUAUUUUAAGUAGUGUGAUAGCAUAACACAUUUGUGCCUUAAUAAUUAUUACUUUUUGUUUUAUAUGUGCAUUUUUAAAGUUAAUCUCUUUUGAAAUUUUACAAUGUUUUGUAGAUAUUCUCAUGAAUAUGGAUGUACUGACGAGCUAAUACUCACGUAAAGUUAAAUGAUAUGUUUCAGUAAUUAAUCUUAGGUUUUGAAAGGUGAUAUUUAACUGUUACGUAGUAGUUAUACCUAUUGAUAUGUUGUUGACAAGAUGUAAUCUAAUUUUUGAUAUUUAAAGUAUUUAUUGUGUGUGGAGUAAUCGAUCAAUGAUUUUAUUAGCUUUAGUGAUUUUAAUACAGUAAAAAAAUGUGGAA